GUACAAAAUGUUAAAUAUAUGCAUAAGCAGCUUCGAUCUACAUAUAGAUAUCAUUAUUGGUACCUAUAUCUUGAAAAGUGUGACAGUUGUAUAACCUUUAACCUAAUAACCCUUCUAACUGUGUGCUUUUCUCCUGAUCGAGAAAUUUUCAGAAACAGAAUGGCUUUGUUCACGCCUAAAAAUCAUCCGUGGAAACCUACUACAGGAUAUGAAACUACUGAUGCUUUUCCAGUUCCUUCACUCCCCGUAACCAGUCAACGUAUGCUGCCUUGCUACAUUCCAAAUGGCAUGUGCACGGCUCCUUUGAGAUUUCCCAAUCUCGUCGAGGGAUUUAAUCGUAGUCCGAUUCACGCGGCACGUGCCGCUCUCAGCACAAGAUAUGAAUCCAGCAAAUGGCUGGAAAAUCACAAUAGUCUCAUGGAGGAGGUUUCAGCGAAUCUCUCGAUUUCCCAGGCGAUAAGGGAAAAUUUGGAUAAUUUAGUUCGUGAAGAGAAGGAAAAAUUGAAAGCUUGUAAGAUUGACGAUGAAGGCACGAAAAAUACUAAAGUUGCAACUUUGAAUUGGUUAGUAUCAAAGGUUGAUGAAUUAUCGUCUGUACAAGAAAAAGUCAUUGGAGAAAAUGAGGAAUGGCAAGAUUGCCGACGUAAACUGCAAGCUUGCAUUCAGGGCAUCGAAGCUCCAUUGCAGAUAGCCCAAGAAUGUCUUUUCCAUCGAGAAUCUAGAAAUAAAAGUGAGCUUGUCAAUGAUAAAGUGGAGCAAAUGCUAUUGAAGGAGGUUGAAACUUUCCGUCAGAAACAGAAAGAUUUAGACAAAUAUUUAGAGCAGUGCGAAAUUCAAUUGAUACAGGGAAGAAAGAUCCAAAGCGAAUUGGAAAACUUUUUGAGGAAUGUGCAAUGGAUUGCGCUCGUCGAUAGAUCAGACAAGGAAAUAAAAAGGAUCGCGGAGUCAAAGUCAUGGAUGGAAGAAUUUCAAUGUCUUGCAAAAAAAUCAGAUCUAGCUAUAACUAGUUCAAAACACUUGAGGAAACAAAUUGAUGCAAUCGUAAAUGAGAUGACCCAAGAUGUUUUAAAAACAUGGAAUGAGACCAAUGACGCAUUUUCAGAAAAACGCACUCAUGUGAAACAGGCGAUAGAUGAAAUCGAAUAUGGUCUGAAAAAGAUAAAAAAUGAGAUAUUUAACGUUGAAAAAAACUUAAAAUAUUUGAAAACCAAUAAAGGAAUCUUCAAUGAAUUGCAACAGGGCCAAGAUCUACUCGAAUCUUUGUUGCGGACGAAAAGGAACCUUGAAUCCGAGCUCUCGUCAAAAAUAAAUUCGCUUUUCAUUGAUGAUAAAAAAUGUAUGACCAUAAGAAAUUGUUAUCCGAUAAUUAUGACCGCGAAUCAUUAGUCCACUUGUUCUAUCGGUACUUUUUACUCUUUGCUUAUUUACAUUUGUUUUGCAAAAUAUAUUUUAUUAAAAUUUUAAUUCUAAAUCCAUAACAAAAUUGUAUUUAACAGCGACCGCGCGACUCAGCCAUGCACGACUCGACGGUAAUCAACUAUUCACAUAAAAAUAGAAGCUAUGAUAAAUUUUUCUCUCUUUCUUAUUUCAAUAACCACUUUGAAAGAAAAUAGUCUUAUCCAUCAUUGGUGUGCUAUUCGACACUAAUAAUACAUUUUCGCUUUGGACUUAACCUAGUCAUCUAUACACAUUCCGCCGACGUAUUGCUUACGACAUAGAAAAAAGUCACUUAAUAUAUCGCAUUUUUUCAACGGAUUCGAGGAACCAA